AUGAGAAUAGGAUUAGGUGUAGAUCUUGGGUCCACCGACGUUAGGGUAGGAGCUUACGACUUAUCCACAGAUCAACCGAUUAAGGUUGUGUCAGAAAGUGUUUGUUACUAUAAUCAUGGGUCCAAGCGUUUUACGCAAAGCACGCAUGAGAUCAUGACAGCGCUUUUCAGAUGCGUUGACGAACUUGCGAUUGACAUCAACAACGUGGAGUCUUGUGGUGUUGCAGCGACAUGUUCCAUGGCAGUCUUUAGCCAACAUUCCACCGGGAAAUUGAGGCCUUUUGACGUUUACAAAUUAAAGACCAGUGCAACUCAAAAUGUGGUGUUCUGGAUGGAUGGUUCUGCCGCCAGCGAUGCGAUCGAUGUCAACAGAAGGGCCAACUUUGAAAAGGAUUUCAUGGGUGGAGCUUUCAUACCCGAGAUGGGAGUUCCUAAAUUACGCUCUAUCCUGCAUAAUCUGAGGAAAAGUGAGGAACUGCAAAAUUUGGAAGUAUUUGACCUCCAUACUUAUAUUGCCUAUGAAAUGGCCAAUCGAUACGACUGGAACGCUAGUAUGCUUUCCAAAAAACCCAACAAAAAUGGGAUCGGUCAUGACGGAGAGCUAACAGGCUGGAAAGAUGAAUUCUACGCUACAAUUCUAGCGUUACCCAGUAACGUUAAGAUUGGACCAACGCAAGUCAAUGAUAGGCCUCAUGCGGUGGAUGUGACAAGCUGCAUAGACUGCUACUCUAGCUAUUUUGCGAUAUCCUCACCAACUCCAGACAAAUCGCUUACCAUGGUUGCCGGAACAUCUACAUGCUACUUAUAUGCAAGCUCGAAAGACCUUGGUUGUAUCCCUGGUGUCUGGGGACCUUUCACAAAUAUCUUAGACAGCACAAGUAAGGGCAACUGGUUUGUGUACGAAGCAGGUCAAUCUACGACAGGAAAACUCCUCGAGCAUCUCUUCGAAACCCACCCAGCAGCUCGAGAAUAUGUCAGUAAUCGAGACAGAUUAUUAGAAUUGAUUGAGAGUAGCAUUGAAGAGAUCGAGGAAGAGUCUCUUCAAUCCAUCCAUCUCCAUACAAAAUACAUCUUCGUCUAUGGCGAGCUUCAAGGAAACCGAACUCCUUAUUGCGAUCCUGACAUGGCCGGUAUGCUGAUUGGCGAAACAACGGAUUACUCUUUCCAAGACCUGGUAUUCAAAUAUGCAGCGAUCUUGGAAUUCCUCGCUUUUCAAACGAGGCAUGUGAAAGAAUGCCUUGGUGCUGAAAUUCAAGACAUAAGAGUUUCCGGAAGUCAAGCUGUGAAUGCCAGACUCAUGGCCCUAAUCUCCAUCGUUAAUGGAAAUAUACCUGUAAAAGUUGCCACAGCAAACUCUAAUCUCAUGGGUGUCAAAGGCGCAUAUUUGAUGGGCAAAGCAGCUCAUCUCAAAAAAAAUGUGAUAGACAUUAUAGCAACAAACUCAACCCAAGAUUCCCUGCUGACUAGAGUUAGCGCUCCUAGUCAUUUACAUGACAAUCAUAAGAUAAAAAGUUUACUGGAGGCCAAGUACCACAUCUACCUCGACAUGGCUACAACACAGCGGAAGUACAGAUCAUGGGUGAACGAGAGUUUGACAUUGAGCAAAACAUCUAGCUAA